AUGUGUUCAGUUGAGUGGCAAAAGCGUGGAUUACCUCAUGCUCACAUUUUAAUUUGGUUGGUCGACAAAAUACGUGCUGAUGACAUCGAUAGUUUGAUUUCUGCAGAGAUUCCAGAUCCGUCUACUGAUCAAUUACUACUUGAUAUUGUUACUACAAACAUGAUUCAUGGUCCGUGCGGAAAUCUGAAUCCUUCAUCACCUUGCAUGGUGGACGGAAAAUGUACAAAGCGUUUUCCUAAAGAUUUUACUAACGAUACGGUCACACAUGUUGACGGAUAUCCAAUAUAUCGUCGAAGAAGUACCGAAAAUGGCGGACAAUCUUUCGUUAAAACUAUCAAUAAGGCAGACAUCGACAUUGAUAAUCGUUGGGUGGUACCAUAUGCACCUUUGCUGAGCAAAACAUUCGAUGCUCAUAUUAAUGUUGAGUUAUGCAGUUCGGUGAAGAGUAUCAUAUAUAUUUGCAAGUAUAUGCAUAAAGGAAGUGAUAUGGCUGUAUUUAGGGUUGAAAAUACUAAUGUUAAUUCUCCUCCAGUGAAUGAAAAUGAUGAAAUUACGAUUUACCAAAUUGGCAGGUAUAUCAGUUCCAAUGAAGCUGUCUGGCGCAUUUUCGGUUUCCCUAUUCAUGAACAGGAUCCAGCAGUUAUCCAUUUAGCUGUCCAUCUUGAAAACGGCCAGCGCGUAUAUUUCACCAACGAUACAGCGCUUGAUCGUGCUAUAAAUCCACCAAAAACUACGCUCACUGAAUUUUUUGAACUGUGCAAUCGUGCGGAUGCUUUUGGUGCCUUUGCUCAAACACUGCACUAUUCUGAAGUUCCACGGUAUUUUACAUGGACUCAGUCGAAACAAUGGAUGCCCCGUAAGAAAGGGAUACCAGUUGAUCCGUACCCCGGUUUAUUCAAAUUAAAUAAUUUGGGUUGUGUAUAUACAGUCAAUCCAAGGCAAACUGAGUGCUUUUAUCUGCGACUAUUGUUAGUUAAUUUCACCGGACCAUUGUCAUUUCAAGAUAUACGGAAGGUAGAUGGACAACAGUAUCCUACGUAUAAAGAUGCAUGCCUUGCUCUAGGCUUGCUAGAAGAAGACAACCAUUGGGACAGUAUGCUUGCUGAAGCAGUAUUAAACUGCACAGGAAAACAAAUUCGUCUACUAUUUGCUAUAGUAUUGACUACAUGUUUCCCGGUCGGAGCACAAAUGUUGUGGGAUAAUCACAAAGAUUCAAUGACUGAUGAUAUAUUGUAUCGACAUCGUACAAGGUGCAACGAUCUAGCAAUAUCAUUCAGUGAUGCAAUGUACAAUGAAGCAUUGAUUGCUAUCGAGGAUCUUUGCAUUGCUAUUGCGAAUUUACCAAUCAGUCAUUUCGGUAUGAGCUCACCGAAUCGAAGUGCAUCUGAUUUACUCAACACAGAUAUGAAUCGUGAACUACAGUACGAUACUGUAGAAAUGGCAAGCAUUGUUAGUCGCAAUGCUCCACUACCAAAUGAUGAACAAAAAAUUAUCUACAACCGCAUCAUGCUGGCAGUUUCGGCAGGACAAGGAGGAUUCUUUUUUUUAGAUGCACCAGGUGGAACUGGCAAAACAUUUCUUAUUUCGCUACUUCUUGCCGAAAUACGAUCAAAAAAUGGCAUCGCAUUGGCCGUUGCAUCUUCUGGCAUUGCAGCUACUUUAUUAGAUGGAGGCAGAACAGCUCAUUCAGCAUUUAAGCUGCCGUUGAACAUUCAAAAUAAUCCAGAUGCAGUGUGCAACAUAAAAAAACAAUCGUCUAUGGCCACAGUGAUGAAACAACGUAAAAUUAUUAUCUGGGAUGAAUGCACUAUGGCGCACAAACAUUCGCUUGAGGCAUUGGAUAGGACAUUAAAGGAUAUAAAAAACAACGAUAAACUAUUUGGCGGCACUUUGUUACUCCUUUCAGGUGAUUUCAGACAAACACUUCCUGUUAUUCCACGUUCAACGUGGGCUGAUGAAAUUAACGCUUGCUUAAAAUCAUCGCGACUAUGGCGUAAUGUUGAAAAAGUACAACUUACGAUGAACAUGCGCGUUCAAAUGCUUCCGGAUCCAUCCGCCGAAACAUUCUCUAAACAACUGUUAGAUAUUGGCGAUGGGAAAGUUGCUGUACAUGAAAAUACUGGAUGCAUAAAAUUACAGACGAACUUCUGCACAAUCAUCGACUCGCAAAAUACUCUUAUCGAUCAUAUAUUUCCCGACGUACACACACAAUAUGAAAAUCAUAAGUGGCUGGCAGAAAGAGCGAUCUUGGCAGCUAAAAAUGUGGACGUCAAUGGGUUAAAUUUAAAAAUACAACAGCUGUGGCCUGGGGACCUGAUGUCAUACAAAUCUAUCGAUGCAGUUUGCGAUACCAACCAGAUUGUGAAUUAUCCAAUUGAGUUUUUAAAUUCAUUGGAUUUGCCAGGCAUGCCACCACAUCAUUUACAAUUAAAGGUUGGAUCUCCGAUUAUUCUGCUUCGUAACUUGAACCCACCACAGCUAUGUAAUGGCACACGAUUAGUCAUUAAAAAAUUAAUGAAAAACGUUAUUGAAGCCAUCAUCUUGAAUGGCAAGUUUCAAGGCGAGAAUGUGUCGCUGCCACGAAUCCCUAUGAUUCCCACAGAUGUGCCAAUUGAAUUCAAACGCACUCAAUUCCCAAUUAGAUUGGCAUUCGCUAUGACGAUCAAUAAGUCACAAGGACAAACAUUGUCUGUAUGUGGCUUAGAUUUGGAAACACCGUGCUUUUCUCACGGACAACUAUAUGUAGCAUGUUCUCGCGUGGGAAAACCAUCCAGUUUGUUUGUGUUGGCUAAAGACGGACUAACCAAGAAUAUUGUACACUCUAUUGCGCUGAGAGAUUAAUUUUUU